AUGUUCAAAUUUGUGAUCCUUGUUGUGGCAAUAACCGUUUUUUCCGAUCAAUCGGAAGGAACUCCCUACGCUGUUCCUCAAAGGCCCUGCACUGGAGAUUCCUUCUGUGGAGGACCUCCGAACUCCUUCCUGCCUCGUUACCCCAGCCGGGUAGGAGUAUCGCCUGCUGGUCCUGCAGUACCCAUUCCGGCCGAUCAUGAUGAUGAUUCCAUCGAAUUCCCCGAACCGGAACCACCAAAACCGGCAGCUCAAGUUGGACCAGCCGAUGAAAACCCUCUUCUGCCAGUGUCGGUUUGUGUUCAACUUCCCCCCAAGACCCCGCUGAAGUUCUCCAAGAGCAUCCUGCAGCAGAUCAUCUACUCGCUGACCGAUGGAAGCCAAGACGUCGAAGUACCAGCUCAAGUGACCAUCAGCACCGUUCCACCCACUCUGCCUCCUCAGCCAAUCUAUCCACCUCUGCCAGUAUACCCAAAGGCCCCGGUGAUUGCUCACGCUAAGGCCGCUGCUCCAGCUGUUCCAGUUCCGGUCCCCGUCGAUGUCGUCAUUCCAACACCGGAACCUUACACCGUCGCACCGGAAACAGUUCCCCCAACCCUUGCUCCAGUCUACUCGCAAACCCCACGGUACCCAACCAACAACGAAAUCCCGAAACCCAUCUACUCGGCACCCAGCCGGCCAAGCUGCUACGGCCAAGGGUCCUGCCGAUCGGAUAUGCCCCCACGGUACAACAACUGA